CUCAAGUAAAUAAUAAUCCCGGCCGGCUAGCUGGCUGGCUGGCUGGCUCGCUGGCUGUUCCAUGGCCCAAGCGCCGCGCUUCCUCUCCCUCUCCCGCAACACCACCCGCCGUCAUUGUCUCCAACAAAUAACAACAACGGUGCACGUCGCCUCGAGGAAUGCAAUUACAUGCUGUGCCCUGUCUGUCUCCCAUUCGUGUAGCCUUUGCACCGCCAACGCGACACGUCUGCCCGGGACCCUCCUGCCAUCGCUCCACCUCGCAAACCACACAUGCCAAACAAACAAAGACACAUGCACCAUCGUCCCGUCGUGAUCAACACCACCUGGUUCCAGCACCUCCAAGACAGCAUCCAGAGACAGGAAAAAAAAAGGACACGUGAAUUUGUUUCAUCUUUACCUAAUCUUGCAUGGCCAUGUGCAUAUCUCUGUAUACAAUAUACAUGUCCAUGCUACUGCUGCAGCUGCAGACAGGGCCACAAUCAAUGAAUUUUGCAGCACCUCACUUUCCUUUGGAACAAGCAAAUGGACCGGUACAUGAAAUCUUACAAUUAAUGUAUAUAUUGCACUCUCACGUAAAUCCAACAACCGGCUGCUGCUGAUGAUACAUAUGUACACUGAGACAUUGAGGUGGGGUACAGCCUUUCUUGCUAUGUAUGAGACAAUUGGCUGGUCGUCACUCGUC